AUGAUGCGGAGGAGAACUUAUGAAUUUGAAAGGUCCAAUUUGGCCCCGAAAAUAAUCGGGACUGUGGUAUGUUGUGCAACGUACGAUAUACGAUGUAAAAAUGCAUUUUUUUAGCUUCUAAUCGGAGCGGUAGAAGUGCUGAUUAAAAUAAUAUUGUAUCGACUGUUCGACACCUCAGAUCCAGUCCAAGAUCGGUUCGAAAAGGCGGUUCAUGCUAUCAAAUCGCCUGGUUAUAUCAUGUUUUCACUGGGAAUGUAUUUAUUAUCACUGAUUGCUGGGUUCACGGUGAGUUUUUUCAUUUGAUUAGCAAAGGCCGAGGAUGCGACAAAUCCAUAUUAUUUUCCCGACAGACCGAUAUUUUCUCGCUAGCAUGUUCAGCACCAACAUUUCAGCUCUACUUCCAAAGCACCCAAUACCUGAAAAAGUUUCGUUCGCAAAGUCAAAGUUUGAGUGAAAGUUUCGAAGUGAACCAAACCAAGAAGAUUGUGAAGAUUAUGUGGCCUUUACUGAUCGCCUAUUUUCUCUGUGGACUGAUAUUUUCUCCUAUUUGUAUCGUCGCCUUCCGAAUUUUGGUCUUUGGGAGUUCGCCAAUGUGGGAAAAGUUCUUCGUUUUGUCACAGAAAGUAAGCGAUCAAGAAAUUUUUGUUAUACAAAAACACUUUUCACAAGUUCGGAUUGAUGGCCAGGAGUCCUGAGAUCGCACCAGUACUUGUCAUAGCGCCCACUGAUGAGCACGAAGAUCAUUUUGCAUAUCUCAGGGCCACUUGGAAUUGA